CUGUGUUGUCAUAGAAUGUACACAAAAUGUUAUAAUUAUAAUGCAUUACUUAUGCUUGAUCAAAAUGUUAUAAUGGAAUCGGAAUUAUCGGAGGAAGGUGCUUUACGCUCACAAUUUACAGUGGAUGAUUUGGAUAUUGAAAUAUUGCCACUUAUAUAUGAAAUAAUUCGGAGCGUUGAGAAAGAUCCACAUGACACUACACAGAAAGCUAAAGAGUCACAAGAUACAAGUCAUAAAAUAUUAGAGCUUCAGAAGAAAUUAGAUUCUGCAAGGGCACAGAUCAGAAGAUUGCCAGGAAUAGAAUACAGUAAAGAAGAACAGCUGCAAAAACUUGAAACUCUACGUAAACAACUUAGGCUUAAAAGAGAGCUUUUAUUGAAAUAUCGUAACAUGUGUACAUUUGAAGUUCCAAAAGUAUAAAUAAUUUUGUUUAUUUAAGUAAAAGCAAUUUAUAUCAGCAUGGGUUUCUUGCGCAUGUUAUUUACAUAUUUGAUGCGUAAUGAAAAAUUAAUCGAGAAAUUAGCAAAUACAAAACCAAUUAGGGAGUCUGCACGAUUUGUAGCGUAUUUAAUACUUCGGAGUAGAACACAUGAUAAU